UUUUCAAUGGUAUUCUCCCAACCUCUCCGCUUCCCUGCUUUGCUGACUGAGAGUGAGUGUGUAUGUGUGUGUGGAGACUCUGGUGUAAUCAGAAACAUAGGCAAGGGAGAGAGCGCGCGUUCUCUCCCGGUGCACUUUGCAGUUAGUUGCAGACAGAUAUUGUUGGUGUGGCGGAUCGCUGGUUGCGGGGAACUUUAACACACUGGAUCCCAAACUCCGUCUCUUUCUCGUGUGCAGUUCGGAGCUGCCAUGGAUCGUGCGCCUGGAAUUGCAUUCUUAAUGCUUUUGUCAUUCUUUCUGCACACGAACGGCCUUUAUAUCGCCAAUAGUAUAGAGUCCCUUCAGGAGGUACUUGGGGAGUACGGAGUGGUCACUCCAGUCAGUACGGAUGCAGAAGGACGGUUCUUGUCCCACACUUUGUCAGAAGGUUAUGGACGGAGACGCUGGAGGAGGGAUUCCAACGAGGGCCCUAAAGAGAGGCUUUUCUACAACGUGACUGUCUUUGGAAAGGAGUUUCACCUGCGGCUCAGGCUGAACUCACGGCUGGUGGCACCAGGAGCAAAGAUCGAAUGGCAGGAGGAUAGUAACAUGACGCGUUCGGAGCCUUUACUGGGGGAUUGCCUUUAUGUUGGAGACGUCACAGACAUGGAGGGGGCUUCUGUUGCCAUAAGCAACUGUGAUGGCCUGGCUGGGGUGAUCCGCACUGAGCAGGAGGAGUUCUUCAUUGAGCCUAUGGAAAAAGGAGCACAUGUGACAGAGGAACAUCAGGGUGGUAGGCCCCAUGUGGUGUACCGCUCUUCUGCUGUGAAGAAGCCUCCUGCCAACUAUUCCGCUGAUUUCCACUCAAGAGGUGUUGAGCUUGGAGGUCUCCUCGACCUCGAGACCCUGUACAGAGGGGUGGAGCAGAACAUGAACCAGACCAGGAGGUCUCGGAGGCAGGCCGUGGAUCGUACCUACAACAUUGAGGUGCUGCUGGGGGUGGACGAUUCAGUGGUGCAAUUUCACGGCAAGGACCACGUUCAGAAGUACCUGCUGACUCUCAUGAAUAUUGUGAAUGAGAUAUACCAUGAUAAAUCCCUGGGUGCCCGCAUCAAUGUUGUCCUGGUAAGGAUAAUCAUGGUGCCCUAUGGAAAGUCUAUGAGUCUCAUUGAAGUGGGGAAUCCUUCCCAGAGCCUGGAGAAUGUGUGCCGUUGGGCUUUUCUACAGCAGAAAGAAGAUACUGGUGAUGCAGAAUACCAUGAUCACGCCAUAUUUCUAACUAGACAGGAGUUUGGUCCCACCGGAAUGCAAGGAUAUGCCCCUGUGACUGGGAUGUGCCACCCUGUCCGAAGUUGCACUCUGAACCAUGAGGAUGGGUUCUCUUCUGCCUUUGUGGUAGCACAUGAGACAGGCCAUGUGCUAGGAAUGGAGCAUGAUGGACAGGGAAACCGUUGUGGGGAUGAAGUACACAUGGGCAGCAUCAUGGCUCCAUUGGUCCAGGCUGCAUUUCAUCGUUUCCACUGGUCUCGCUGCAGCCAGCAGGAGCUGAGCAGAUACCUCCAUUCUUAUGACUGUCUUCGUGAUGACCCUUUUGAUCAUAACUGGCCUUCCCUUCCCCGGCUCCCAGGCAUUCAUUAUUCUAUGAAUGAACAGUGCCGCUUUGACUUUGGCAUUGGGUACAUGAUGUGUACAGCACUGCAAAGGGUGGGCCAGGCAGCCUCACAGUAUCGGACUUUUGAUCCCUGCAAGCAGUUGUGGUGCAGUCACCCAGACAACCCAUUUUUCUGUAAGACGAAGAAGGGUCCACCAAUAGAUGGCACAAUGUGCGCACCUGGGAAGCACUGUUUCAAAGGUCACUGCAUAUGGCUGACGCCUGACAUCCUGAAGCAGGAUGGCAACUGGGGCAUGUGGAGCAAAUUUGGCUCCUGUUCCAGAACCUGUGGAGGUGGAGUACGUUUCCGAACCCGUCAGUGUGAUAACCCACUUCCAGCCAAUGGUGGCCGCACCUGCUAUGGGCCAAAUUAUGAGUUUCAGCUGUGCAACACAGAGGAGUGCGCCAAGCUCUUUGACGACUUUAGGGAAGAACAGUGCAAGCUGUGGGAUCCAAUCUUUGAGUACCAAAACUCUAAGCACCACUGGCUGCCUUACGAGCACCCUGACCCAAAAGAGAGGUGCCAUCUGUACUGCCAGUCCAAAGAGACAAAAGAUGCUGUUUACAUGAAGAGGAUGGUACACGAUGGGACACGCUGCUCCUACAAAGACCCCUAUAGCAUCUGUGUCCGAGGUGACUGUGUGAAAGUUGGCUGUGAUUAUGUGAUCAGCUCUACAAUGCAGGAAGACAAGUGUGGCAACUGUGGAGGGGAUAACUCCAGCUGCAAAAUCAUCAAGGGCAACUUCACCCGUGGAGCCAAAAAGCAAGGUUUUCUUAAGAUACUUGAAAUCCCACGAGGAGCAAGACAUCUCCUUAUCCAAGAAUUUAAAGGGACUCAACACAUCCUAGCUGUAAAGAACCAGGCCACAGGGAAUGUCUUCUUAAACAGAGAAGGGGAAUUCCCUGAGUCGAGAACAAUAAUUGAAAAGGGAGUGGAGUGGGAGUAUCACAAUGAUGAUGACCGGGAGUCCAUUCAAACCAAUGGGCCCCUCAAGUAUGGGGUUCUGAUCAUGAUCAGGUCCCAUGGAGACUCCAAAGUUACUCUGUCAUACAAGUACAUCAUCCAUGAAGACCUGCAGUCAUCUAUCGAGGACAACAAAGUGGAGGACUCUUCUUACUUUGAGUGGGCCUUGAAGAAAUGGUCCCACUGUUCCAAACCAUGUGGAGGAGGUAAGCAGUAUACAAGAUAUGGAUGCCGAAGGAAAUCAGACAGCAAAAUGGUUCACCGCACAUACUGUGAAAACAUCAAGAAGCCUAGGGCAAUCAGCAGAGACUGCAACCAAAAAGAGUGUUCUCAGCCCAUCUGGGUGACUGGUGAGUGGGGGACCUGCUCUAAGACCUGUGGGAAGAUGGGUUAUCAGUCGCGCACGGUGCGCUGCAUUCAGCCUCUGCACGAUGGCACCAACCGCUCCAUCCACAGCAAGUACUGCAACGAUGACCGACCAGAGUCCCGCCGGCCCUGCAACCGCGAGCUGUGUCCCGCCCAGUGGAGGACAGGUCCCUGGUCACAGUGCUCUGUGACAUGUGCCAAUGGAACCCAAGAGAGACAGGUCCUGUGUCACACACGGGACAACACUAUUGGGCUGUGCACUGAAGCCAAGCCAGAGAAAACCAGAGUGUGUAGACUACCUCCGUGCCCUAAGAGCAUUGCAGACCAAAACAAGAAAGGGAACUUCCUGGUCCAAUGGCUCUCCAGACCAGAUCCAGAAUUCCCCAUCCAGAAGAUUUCUUCAAGACAGCGCUGCCAAGGAGACAAGUCAGUUUUCUGUCGCAUGGAAGUAUUGAACCGCUAUUGCUCCAUUCCUGGCUACAAGCAGAUGUGCUGCAAAUCUUGCAAUGAGAGCAGUGACACUGCCCCUCACUUAACCAACAAAAGUAGCAAUGUGGUGGAAGACAAACUCCCUACCAUGGCAACAACACCUGAAAUAGAAGUGAGGCCUACUGCAGUGACACAGCCUAGUGUUACUACAGACCAGACCACCGUAAGUUAUAAUGUAACUGAGGACAUCCGAGAAAACAAUGCGAUCGAUGUACCCUAUAAAAUACAUGGAGCUGACAAUGAAGUCCCUCAGCACAAUGUCAUUCCCAGAAGAAAGCUGUUUCAGGAAAAAACAAGGAACAAAAGAAUCCAAGAGCUACUUGCAGAAAAACAAAGGCAGGGAGUUCUAAAAAUAAAAAUUUAAAGAAACUGAAGCCCCAGCAUGGAAGGACAAAUUUGCUUUUCUCUUAUAGAGAUGAAAGCUGUUUUUAUCACAGAUUGUAAUUAUUACAUCAGAAAUUAUAUUGGUGCUAUGCCACAUACCGGAACAAAAUAAGGUACAGAUGUUUUUACCACUUCAAAAUUUGAAGAAAUGACAAGCUUUGUGGGGAAAAAAACCACUGGCAAAUAUUUGCACAUUUGCUUUGAAUCACAAAAUCACUUUAGGAUUCCCUUCUAAAGAGAUCUGGUGAAAGCAAUUGAAUAUUUUUGUGUGCCAUCCAACAUAUUUAAACUAUUAUAAAUAUUGGUGUCUUAGGGCAUCCAAUAAAUGAAACUUUAUCUUUCCAAACCACUUAAGAAAACUAGUGUUAGGAGGCACAUAUUGUUUAAAAUAUAGUAUUUACAAUUGAAUUGUAAUACAGAGAACACGCACCUAUACAAAGACAAAGUUUCACGCAUCUAAAUAAUGAUACACAGAAGAGUUAGGAUUUAGUUAAUUGUUUUUUCGCACUCAAGUUACCAUCGUACAUGUUUUGUAAUCUAUGUAAAGAUAAGUAUUAUAAUUCCUGACAAAAAAAAUAUCUGCAAUAGUACCCCUCAAGUGAGCAGUUUUCUACAAGUCUUAAAUGACUGGGUACCACAAAGUAAGAAAUUCUAUGCAUUUAUUUUCCAGUUGAAAAGCAAUUAAAACUUAUUUUAAGGACCAAUGUUUUUUUUAAGAAGUUCAGAUGAAGCAAAUAAGUUACUUGGUAUAUAUUAUGCAUUGAAAGGCCCAAUCAAUUUAAACUUCACUCCUAUAUUUAAUAAAAAUAAACAGUAAUGUUGGUUACACAAAGCAUCUAAUUUUAGAAAUGACUGCGGCUGUUAAAUUAACCUCACAAUUCAAUGUACGAUUGUUUUAUUUUGUUACUGAAUGUGAAGGAGAGACAGAGAACUAAAUGUAGCACUUAAAAUAUACUUUUUUAAAAGAAAAUGUGGUGCUCCAGGCUCAAGAACAGCCGAUUCUAUAAAUUGGAUUCCGUGUCAGAGCUGGAUAACAUGGAAAGCACAGCAUUCUCAGGUCAGUAGGAAUACAAGUAUUAUGUAAUUAUGGUUUGGAUAAAUAAAGCUCCACUGUGGAGACAACGAAUCAAUUGUCUGGCUUUACCUGUCAAAUGUAUUGUCAAGUAAAAUAGAAUCUUCACUUUGCCAAGAAUAUAAUUUUUCAAUAAUCAAAUAUGAGGUGCUAUUGCUGUUUAUUGCACGUUUACUUAGUGAUGCUUGGAAAAUGAACUGGUCUCUUUGGUACUUUGGAGUGUUAGAAAUCACACAAAUGAUUCCCCUGACUAGAAAAAUGUAUGUAAAAAAAGUCCUUUUAUGUGGAAGCUUUAUAAAUUUUAUCUUGCUUGUUUUUCCAUGCACAGUGAAAUACAGGCCUCUUUGGGAAAGCAACUUGAAAUGAAAGUUUCUGUUUGAAAAAUGUUCUCUAGGUCUCCAAGUCAAUACUCAUUACUGAAGUUUUAAACAGCUGUUGUAAUUAUGAAAUUGUUAAUGAACUACUCUCUCUAGGAUGAUUACCCUUGCUAUUCAUAUACAGUAGUAAUACAUACAUUAGAUGUAGUCCAUGCUAUGUAAUACCAGCAAUACACAGAAUAUUGGAUUAAAUGUGUUAUGAUGUCUUCAUUUCCAACAUCUAUUUGAAUGGUACCUUACUGGGUCUUUGCACUAUUUUGAACUUAUGUAAUAAACUGUGUACUGCAGCUUUGAUGUAGUUAUCAUAAUGAUCUGGAAGUCUGGGGAAAUUACAGAAUUAAGAUUAAGAUAAAAUGCCACGUAUCAGUUUAAUUUUUUUCUUAUAUUAGGAAUCGGUUCCAUGGAUCUGUGUUCAAAAUGCUUACAAGCUCUUGAAAUUCUCUAAAGAAUCAGAGAGACCUCUUCUUCAACUUUUGUUACAUUGCAUUUAAAAAAAAUAAAAAAAAUAUAGAUCGCAUCACAGCCUUAGCGUAGAGGACCUGUUUAUUUCUGGCACUGUCUGAAAUCUAAAGUUUGCCUUACAAAAACUGCAAAAUGCAUAGGAUUUGUCUGUACAAUACUUGUACA